GUCGACUCCAAGGGCCAAUGUUCUGCUACUCACCGACACCCUCGUUUCCCACCUGCCCAUCGUUCGCAUCUUUGCAUGUCACCCAUUUCAAUACGCACCCCAUGGGACUUGAAUAGCUCGGCGAUCAUAGCUGAAUCCUCGUUUAUCGAUCAACUGCCUCUGCACGUACUGUACAUCAGUACAUCCAAAAUUUUGCUACAAAGGAUAUGGAUGCAGACGGCUUCACGGAAAAACCCAUUCCAAUCACCUUAUGGCCGCCAGGAGAGCGAACCAAGAGCCUAGCUAAAGGUCAAGGGCUGAAAGGUAUCAUACAUGCGUUGGGCUAAGGACGACGACUCACUUGAAGAAGAAGGGCACAGAGGAAAGCAAGUUCGAUAAGAGGGAUGGAAAAAUCGCCAGGAAAGAGGAUGAGGGAGGGGAAGCAUCGCAAAAGCGAAAUUAACUGUGUGAAGACGUUGGAUGGUGGUCUUGAUGCGUUUCUUCGAGCUGAUAGACCUUCCAAAAUGCGCUCCGAGUAUGUGGAUGGGUGGUGCAAAACCGUGGAGCACGUCUUCUGCGCCUCAUUCUUCGGACCUAAAAAUCGCAUUUCUGCGCACGUCGUUGCCCGUGCCGCGCGAAGACUGGCGCAGAGCGAGGGGUCGAGGGAAGAGUUUCACGCCCACAAAAACGCAGCAAGACCUUGAGGAUGAGAAAACAUCGUGUGGAAGACUUUCAGCGUCAUGGUCGGUGCUCAAAGAAACGCCGAACGGUGGUAUAUCUAGCACGAACGCUGUCAUUAUACACUCACCUUCCCCACUCGCUCAUACCAAUCCCUCGAACAUGACCUACGUCUCAAACGAUCCCAGUUACUGGCCGUAUAUCAGUGCAAUAAUUGGUGUAAACCAUUACACAGUUGCUGCUGCCAUCGUGGUAGUAUAUGAUUGGGUCUUAACACUCGGACAAGAGAUUGAACUCAUCUGGAGACAACGUUGGUCUCUGAUGACCGUGCUGUAUUUGAUUGUUCAUACGCUAUAUUGGAAUACCAUAUUCUCUUGUCAAUGUUCUGUAUACUAUGCCAUCGGUAUCGCUGACAGAUGCAGGGUGAUCGGAAUCUUUGGUGCUAAUGCGAGGGUGUUCACUAAUUGGGAGUCUUUAGGCGCUAUAACGUUCUACGUAGCGAAUGCGAUAAAUGUGGCCUUGGCUGCCAUGUUGGGCGUCAUCAUGAUUGCUCGGUUGCAUGCCAUGUAUCAAGGGUCUAGAGCAGUGCUUAUGUUCCUUGUUAUUAUCUUCCUGGCUGUAAACAUCGCCUGCGGAGUAAUGGUUGCAAUAGGACUCAACGAUGGUGUAGCAGAGGAGAGAAUACUCUCUGGUAUACAUAUGUGCGGCGUUGAAUAUGGAGGGGACGAGCAGCUUCUGAUUUCGAUCAUUUGGAUACUCAACACUGUUUGGGAGGUCCUCGCACUGUGCCUUUCAGUGUGGGUUGCUGUGAAACACUUCCGUGAGCUGCGACGACUCGGCCCAUCGACAGGAUCGGCCAUCGGGGACUGUUUCAGAGUGCUGGUACAAUCUCACGUUCUUUAUUUUGCAAGCUUUGUUGGUGUCUCUUGCCUCCAGCUUGUUGAUCUCUCUCCAGAAAUCGCGAAUUCGAAUUCUAUUGGAGCUCAGAUACUCGUUGGUACUCUUGAAAUUCUAUCGGUCGUGCAGAUGUUUGUGCUGGGACCACGCCUUAUUCUUAGCGUUUGA